GAUUUAUUGAUGCUUUUUUUUUCUUUGAAGAUUCCGUUUGAUAUAUCACUAUUGAUUGGAUCUGAUAGCCGGAAGUGUCGUCGUCGUCUCGAGAGGGGAUCCUUUUUUUGUUGAGAGGUGACAAAGAAUUUACGAAACUUACCUAGGUACCUGGCCUACAUACCUACCUGAGGAUAGUCACGUCGAUCACGUCGACUUGGGAUCAGAUACCGGCAGGACAGCAGCAGGAUUUCAAUAUAACAAUCACCACCAUGGACGCUCCUACCAUCACGCCCAAGUUCCUCUCCAAGGGCAACGAGCUGGGUCUGGUCGCAGUGGGCUUUAGUGGAGGCCAGUGCAAACCAGGCACAGAUGCCGCUCCCAUGGCCCUCAUCGAGUCCGGCCUCAUCAACGACCUCCGCGACGAACUGAAAUACGACGUCAAAUAUGAUGACACCGUCCACGCCUACACCGAGCUUCUCCCCGCCGACGACCCGGACCACCGCAACAUGAAAAACCCACGAGCCGUCUCCGCCGUCACGCAGAAACUCUCCUCCCAAGUCUACGAACACGCUCGCGAGGGACGUUUCGUGCUGACCCUCGGAGGCGAUCACUCGAUUGCCAUUGGAACCGUCUCGGGCACGGCCAAGGCGAUUCGCGAGAGAUUGGGACGAGACAUGGCUGUGAUUUGGGUCGACGCACACGCAGAUAUCAAUACACCCGAGACAUCGGAUUCGGGGAACAUUCAUGGCAUGCCCGUCGCUUUCCUCACGGGAUUGGCGACGGACGAGGCGGACAAGCCGUUUGGAUGGAUUGCAGACGAUCAGAAAAUCUCAACUGCGAAACUUGUCUACAUUGGACUGAGAGAUGUGGAUCGUGGGGAGAAGAAGAUCCUGCGGGAUCACAAUAUCAAAGCGUUCAGUAUGCAUGAUAUCGAUCGACAUGGGAUUGGAAAGGUGAUGGAUAUGGCGCUGGGGUGGAUUGGAAGGGAUACGCCGAUUCAUUUGAGUUUUGAUGUCGAUGCGCUGGAUCCCAUGUGGGCGCCUUCAACGGGCACGCCGGUACGAGGCGGGUUGACGUUGCGGGAGGGAGAUUUCAUUGCGGAGAGUGUGCAUGAGACGGGGAAUCUGGUGGCGCUGGAUUUGGUCGAGGUAAAUCCUUCGCUGGAGAAGGAGGGAGUGAGUGAGACUGUGCGAGCUGGAGUGAGUAUUGUGAGGUGUGCCUUGGGAGAUACUCUUCUGUGAGGAUACCAACACUCUCUCCCCUCUCUUCUGGGGGAGGAGGAGUGAAGACAUAGACCAUAGAAGAGAUAUGACUCUCCAGUACACCUCUGUACCCUUCUUCACAUGCACAAUUGCACAUGCACGCUUAGCCUAAUGGGGAAGAUGCCACUCCAACGACGACAACAACAUGGCACUGACACCGAGACAUGGAGGAUGAGGACUGCUGCGGUCGAGCUUUUGAAUUUCUGCUCAAUGUAUACCAAAUCUUCUG